AUGGCCCCCGUAAUAGCGAUCGAUCGACGCAGCCGUGUCAGCCGACGAGUCGGCCCGUUAACGAGAAUUACGUUUGCAGAGCCACGUAAGGUGUUGCCCAUCUUGAGGACCGACGAACCAGUCUGCCCCGAGGGGAAACUGUCGUGCGGUAACGGCGAGUGCGUGGACAAGGAGCUCUUCUGCAACGGUAAACCCGACUGCAAGGACGAAUCCGACGAGAACGCGUGCAAAAGAUCAUCUUCCCUUACAGCUGUGGAAACGGAUCCAAACCGCGCGCCAGAUUGCGAUCCGACCCAGUGCGUGCUUCCGGAUUGCUACUGUUCCGCCGAUGGUACCAGAAUUCCCGGCAACAUCGAGCCAACCCAGGUCCCCCAAAUGAUCACCAUCACCUUCAACGGAGCGGUGAACGUGGACAACAUCGACUUGUACGAAGAAAUCUUCAACGGGCAACGUCAGAAUCCUAACGGCUGCCAGAUCAGAGGGACAUUCUUCGUUUCCCACAAAUACACCAAUUACUCUGCCGUGCAAGAUCUUCACCGCCGUGGUCACGAGAUCGCAGUGUUCUCUUUGACCCACAAAGACGACCCGCAAUAUUGGACGCAGGGAACUUACGACGACUGGCUGGCGGAGAUGGCUGGAGCCAGACUCAUUAUCGAACGCUUCGCAAACAUCACUGACGGUUCCAUUAUCGGAAUGAGGGCUCCGUAUCUCCGCGUGGGCGGUAACAAGCAGUUCGAGAUGAUGGCUGACCAAUUCUUCGUCUAUGACGCCUCCAUCACCGCCUCGUUGGGUCGUGUGCCUAUCUGGCCGUAUACCUUGUACUUCAGGAUGCCGCACAAGUGCAACGGGAACGGUGGCAACUGCCCAUCGAGAUCGCAUCCCGUCUGGGAGAUGGUGAUGAACGAAUUGGACAGAAGAGACGACCCCACUUUCGACGAGUCUCUACCUGGCUGUCACAUGGUGGACUCUUGCUCCAACAUUCAGACUGGCGAACAGUUCGCCAGGCUCCUCAGGCACAACUUCAACAGGCACUUCAACAGCAACCGGGCGCCACUUGGCCUUCACUUCCACGCCUCGUGGUUGAAGAGCAAGAAGGAGUACAGAGAGGAAUUGAUCAAAUUCAUCGAGGAGAUGCUGGCCAGGAGCGACGUGUAUUUCGUUACCAUGGUUCAGGUGAUCAAGUGGAUGCAAACUCCGACGGAACUCUCAGCGCUGAGGGACUUCCAAGAUUGGAAAGAAACCUGCGACGAGAAGGGACAACCCUACUGUUCACUUCCAAAUGCCUGUCCCUUGACCACUAGAGAACUACCCGGCGAAACCCUUCGCUUGUUCACCUGCAUGGAAUGCCCAAACUACUAUCCAUGGCUGCUCGAUCCAACUGGUGACGGUUUCACCGCGAACAAAUGAGCAAUUCGUGGUUGAGAUCUGUAGGUCAUGUGACGCGUGUUUUUAAGAAAAACAUCAAGAGUCUAAAGUAAAACAAGCAAAUCAAGGGGAGUAAGUCUCUUGAAGGAACACGCGCCGAACCGUGUCGCACGGGAAACGCGUCGCGAACGGAAAUGAGGGAUUGUUGACUCGAUUAAUUUGAUUUUUCAAACAAGAAACAAGUGAAACGCAUUUCGUUACACGGAGAUCCGUGAAUUUCUAGAAAUCCUUCGCGAGUUAAAACGUUUCAUUCUUUUUUAUUGUGAUAUUCUUGAAAUGGAAUUUUAUAUGCGGGAUGAAUGGUCAAUUUACGUCGUAAGAUUCUUGAGUUGUAUUCGUAUUAUUACUGCGGAAGAUUGUCGUCGUAGUUUCUCUUAGUAGACGUUCGCGAAACGUUUCUGUCGUCGUUUGUAAACGAGAGAAAAGAAAAGAAUACGAAGGGGUUGUUUCUUCCGUGAGACACGGGAACAAAUUCUUCGGUUGAGUUUAUUCAACUUUGUACAUAACCACCGUAUCCUUGCCCUUCUCAUCCUUGUCCCUUUCUUCUGCGGCGCGUUUUACGCACCGAUUUUAUCGAUCGUCGCAGCGUCGCCGUGGAUAACGUUAUUGCUUAAGAGAUGCGUGAGAGUAAUUAAGUAAUUCUUAGAGUCCUCAUUAAAGUAUUUCACAAUAAACGUUGUACGAAAUUGAGAA